AUGUCGGAUCUACAGAUGAAACUUCUGCGGAAGAAAAUCCAGAAACGAAGCGACAAGAACAAGGAGCGGAAGCUGAAGCAGAAGCCCGAGGAGGAGGCCUCAGAGCCGGUGAAUGGAGUGGAGCGAAAGGCUUGUGAAGAGGAGGCUCCAGCCCAGAAGCAGCCGCCGGCGCCCUCUGUACAGAACGAUACUGAGGCUUUAGCCAAAAAGAAGAAAAAGAGAAAGCUGCAGAGAGAUGACACGCCACAGGAAGCUCCAGAUGAGAAGAAGACCAAACAAGUGGCAGUGGAUGAAGAUGACGAGGUGGAGGGAGAGAAGUCUGAGAAGGUUCCAGAGGAUGAGGAAGAGGAGCAGCCAGAGCUGCUGUCUGGACUCACAGGAGCGUUCGAAGACACGUCCUUCGCGUCUCUCUCGGAGCUCAUCGGGGACAGCACCCUGAAGGCCAUUACUGAGAUGGGCUUCGAACACAUGACCGAGAUCCAGCACAAGACCAUCCGCCCCCUGCUGGAGGGCAGGGACGUCCUGGCGGCUGCCCGCACAGGCAGUGGGAAGACCCUGGCCUUCCUCAUCCCCUCCAUAGAACUCAUCUACAAACUCAAGUUCAUGCCUCGCAACGGCACUGGGGUGGUGAUCCUGUCUCCCACCAGAGAACUGGCUAUGCAGACGUACGGCGUCCUGAAGGAGCUGAUGACUCACCACGUCCACACGUACGGCCUCGUCAUGGGGGGCAGCAACCGCUCUGCAGAGGCCCAGAAGCUGGCCAACGGAGUCAACAUCCUGGUGGCCACUCCGGGAAGGCUGCUGGACCAUCUUCAGAACACUCCUGGCUUCAUGUUCAAGAACUUGCAGUGUCUGAUCAUCGACGAGGCCGACCGCAUCCUGGAGGUGGGCUUCGAGGAGGAGCUCAAGCAGAUCAUCAAACUGCUGCCCAAGCGGAGGCAGACGAUGCUGUUCUCGGCCACACAGACUCGCCGUGUGGAGGACCUGGCUCGUAUCUCCCUGAAGAAGGAGCCUCUGUACGUGGGAGUGGACGACGACAAGGACCGGGCCACCGUGGACGGUCUGGAGCAGGGCUACGUGGUGUGUCCGUCAGAGAAGCGAUUCCUACUGCUCUUCACGUUCCUCAAGAAGAACCGCAAGAAGAAGCUGAUGGUCUUCUUCUCCUCCUGCAUGUCUGUCAAGUUCCACUACGAGCUGCUCAACUACAUCGACCUCCCCGUCUUGGCCAUCCACGGGAAGCAGAAGCAGACCAAACGCACCACCACCUUCUUCCAGUUCUGUAACGCAGACUCAGGCAUCCUGUUGUGCACAGAUGUGGCAGCACGAGGCCUGGACAUCCCAGAGGUCGACUGGAUCGUUCAGUAUGACCCUCCAGACGACCCCAAGGAGUACAUCCACAGAGUGGGCAGAACAGCCAGAGGGAUCCACGGUCGAGGCCACGCUCUGCUGAUCCUACGACCCGAGGAGCUGGGAUUUCUGCGCUUCCUCAAACAGGCCAAGGUCCCACUGAGUGAGUUCGAGUUCUCCUGGACUAAGAUCUCUGAUAUCCAAUCACAGCUGGAGAAGCUGAUAGAGAAGAACUACUACCUGCACAAGUCUGCGCAGGAGGCCUACAAGUCGUACGUGCGCGCCUACGACUCUCACUCGCUGAAACAGAUCUACAGCGUCAACACCCUGAACCUCCCCAUGGUGGCGCAGUCCUUCGGCUUCAAGGUUCCUCCCUACGUCGACCUCAACGUCCACAGCGGCAAAGGAGCCAAGCUACAGAAGCGCGGUGGCGGCGGAGGCUUUGGGUACCAGAAGAAGAACUUCCAGAAGGCGAAGAUCUUCAAACACGUCAACAAAGGGAAGAGCGACCAGAGACAGUUCUCUCGCUAG